CCCAGCCAUGCCCAUUAUAUCUCUAUCACAGUGCUGUGCCCCCCAGCCAUGCCCAUUAUAUCUCUAUCACAGUGAGGGCAGACCCCCUCCUCUUUGCGUCAGUCUGAUCACAUGGCGCACUGGCAGUGCACUUCCUGGCCCCGGCUGAGUUACACGUCACGGCCCAUUCAUCCAGCGCUCCAUCCCCGGGACCUCCUUUCCCCACACCCACAUGCCGGCACAGCCAAUGCCCAGUGUCCCCUCCCAGGGCCGGCCGAUCAAGCUGUGCUAGCGGCUCUGGAGCUCAGUGCUGGGCCGGCUCAUUCUGGGGCACAGACACCUACCGCUCACAUCCACCAGGUGAGUCCUUCUACUGCCCAUACAGCAUUCAGUGCGGACUGGGGGAGACCUACCACUGUCUAUAGAAUAACCUACCUGGUCACUUAUUAACCCUUUACUGCCAGUGCUGCUAAUCAGGUCCAUGAUUAACCCCUUGCUCUCUGUGCUACUUACCUCAUUACCCCAUGCUGUCUGUCCUACUUACCUCAUUACCCCUUGCUGUCUGUGCUACUUACCUCAUUACCCCUUGCUGUCUGUGCUACUUACCUCAUUACCCCUUGCUGUCUGUGCUACUUACCUCAUUACCCCUUGCUGUCUGUGCUACUUACCUCAUUACCCCUUGCUGUCUGUGCUACUUACCUCAUUACCCCUUGCUGUCUGUGCUACUUACCUCAUUACCCCUUGCUGUCUGUGCUACUUACCUCAUUACCCCUUACUUUAUGUGCCCCUAACCUGGUCACUGAUUUAACACUUUACUGUUUGUGCUAAUUACCUGGUCAAUGAUGAACCCUUUACUGUCCUUAGGUCAAUGGCUACUGUGCGUUCUUCACAAUCAGUGGCUUUUAGGGUUAACAUAUCCCCCUGUUUCCCGGACAUAGAGCAUUGAGCCUUGUUGAUGAACAGCACAUAAAAAGUGCCAGCCCUUAAUUAUAAUUUAAGUGCUAGAUUGUCCCUAGAUAAUUAGUUGAUUGGACCAUCUGUACGUUAGAAGCUUCAAGGCAGCACUUUUCCUGCUCUACAACCCUAUCACAUACUGAAGGUGGGGGGGCUGGGCUGUGCCACUUUAAACUGCUCCCCUGCACAGCCAUAAAGUAUCAGUUUCUAAGUAAUGUGGGGACUGUUCACUUUCCCAUACAUGUGUUUCUCAUUAGAACGUUUCAUGUUGUAACUAGUAUCUCCACCCCCCAUUCUAAUUGAUUCCAUACUGGACAUUGCAUUGAUACAUAUGGUACAUAAUAUCCUAUGAGCUGCAGUUUGGAAGAGCAGUCAGGGCGAUGUAUUGCCUGAUGGGACUUAGUCCUGAGUGAUGGGGGAUGGAGAUGCAGAUUUAAGGGUGGGGGUGGUUUCACACUAUUUCUUGUACAUCACUGCUGUAACACUGUGUCACUGUGUGGGUUUACAGGAAUUCACUGGGUUUUAGCAUUGUAGCUGACCUGGCACUAGAUACAGGAGCAUAUUCUGAAUAGUGAGUGAGGUAGUGUCUGCUACAGCUUCUCUUUAGAGGUGAGAAAAAAUAUAUAUUUAGGAAUAGCUGCCACAAUUUCAUGAUAUGUGUUUAAGGUGAAGAUAUUUUUUUGAGAAUUGUGUCUUCAUCAUAAUCAAGUAUUGUGUUAACUUUUAUUCCAGUAGAUGCAUUAAACCUAAGACACUGAAGAAGAGCACUUCUUUCUGGAAUUGUCCCCCUGUGUUACCAUUGUCUAGACUAGAAUUGUUCUAAACACACACAAUCAAACAUAUUCAAUCAAUGUCCCACAUCCUCUGCUGUACAGCAGUACCCAAAGUUUAUGAACUACGUUUUACAGCAGGGUGCUGAGCAUUAUGGGGAUUCCAGGGUUAUAAGUCUCCGCUAUGUUACAUUCCCAGGACGUACUUGCAAACCAGAGUAAUCUGAAUGUACUUUUCCUGGUUAUACUUUAUUAUUAAUAUUAUGUGAAAGUAGGUAACACAGAGCUAUACUGCCAAACAAUUGUAGACCAAAUAACGGAAGGAUUUUCUAACUUUGUGAUAUUGUAGUAAGAUUUGCUAGUUCUUGUCAGCUCGCCAUAAAUCCCAGUUUAGUGACUAACGCCUAUAAAUUGAUUCAAUAUUCAUAAUAUUACUGCCUUCCAGCUGAAUAAAGCGACACAUCUUUAGCAUUGUAAUCAAGUCAGAGUGUAAAGGUUUAAAGCCUGUUUGAAAUCCUCACUUUUAGUAGAAUUAUAUGUGGGAUUUACAGCUUUAUGGAAUUUGUUGGUCUAAUCUCCUCCCUAAACAAUAUACCAUUUUACUAAUUGUGUCAGAUUGAGGAAUUCCAAUUAACAAAAUGCAUCUGUUAAAGAACCAAGACUAGUCUUCUCUUCUUCAUACAAGUAGUCAAAUGAAUGACUCCUUUUAUUACCUGGAGACCCAAUGCACCAUGGGUAAAUUAUUUUGGAACAUACGAUUUCUUGUGUGCAGGCCAGUUGUAGAUAUCCUUUUUAUUUUUUUUAUUUAUUUUUUUUGCCUGCUCACAGCCCUGUUAGCACGAUUAAACUGUGGUCUUGCAUUCAACAUGUUUUAUUCAUUAAACUUUUCUUACUUGCUCUUUACUACUCAUUAAAGAGCAUUUUUUUUAAAAUUAGGCAAAAUUUGCUAAAAUAAAUUUGGCAUUUACCCCUACCUUGGAAUUGGGGGCUGCUGUAGACCAUCUUUGUACCAUGAGAUCCUGGCAUCUGAUGGCACUCGUAGAUCUUGGUAUAGAAAGCACUUUGAGCAGUGUAAUGCCCCCAGAUCCCCAAUGAUGAUGGUGCGUUGGGCAUGAGGUGAGAAGUUGUGUAAUCACUCACAGAUCAAUAAUCCGUAUACGUUGCUUGUCCAAUAGAAGUGAAAUUAGCAUUGAUUGCUGGGAUGUUGGCAGUUAAACUUACCAUGACAGGUUAACUUUAAAUCAUAUGAUAGACAUGCUAAAAUAGAUACUAGAGUGGUCUUAUCUACACCCACCAUAAUCUGGUUUUACUGCCUUUCAUCUGGGAAUACUAGAUGCAGUUCUACAAACAUGAAUGUCAGAGUGCUUCAGGAAAUAAAACAUACUGCACCUUCCACAUGGCGAGACAUUUCUUGCUGUUUAAUUAUUACAUGCCCUAUUCUGUAAAUUUUCAAUACUUUGUUACGAGUUUAACAUUUCCUGUUAGAACUACAGUAUACAUGUGUGAUUCUCUCAUUAUUUAAUAUGAUCCCUCUUUUACAGACUCCUAGAAGAAACCUCCGUCACUUGACCGUCCUUCACCCCGAGUUGCAGGUAACAUGCUCAGUUAAUAGUAUCCCAGACUCUUGUGGGAAACACUGCAUAUCAUUUUGCUUUUUAACAGUAGGUAAAUUACAAUACACAGGGUUUUUUGCUAAUCCUGAAAUUGUUUCAAAUUGACAAGAAAAUUUUAGGUUUUAAGUCAAAGCAGGAAAAUGUUCCAACUUUAGUUUUUUUGCAGCUUUUCCUAACCUUGUUAAUUUUGUUCAGUACUGACAUUUUUGUUUUCUGAGCGUUGCACAACACGCAAAUGGAAAGGGGGAAAAAAGAUAGGAAUAAAGCAGUUUCCCAGUUUUUUGGGGUUUUUUUGGCCACAUUCCUAAACACAGAAUUUAUUUUGUCCUAAUGGCCCUUGGUAAACAUGUAGUGGCUACCAUGAUGUUCCUUCAAUAUGGGCAAGUUCUUCUAGUAUACUCCAAUUCUUCAAUAUAAAUGUAUAGGGAUAAUGAAUAAAACAAGAAUGACCAAAUACAGGAAAUAAAACUAUGGUCAGAUUUAGGAACAGAUACUUGGCAGCCAGUUCAGCAGGUCAGGUAAAUGUAUAAGGAUAAUGAAUACAAUAAGACUCUUACCAAAUACAGUACAUCAAGUAAUCAACUCUGGUCAGAUUUAACCCUUUAAGGACCAAACUUCUGGAAUAAAAGGGAAUCAUGACAUGUCAUGUGUCCUUAAGGGGUUAAGGACAGAAACUGUCAGCCAGUUGAACAGGUCAGGCAGGUCGUCCUGCCAGGGAGCAGGGCCAGAUUAACAUAGGGGCUGAUGGAGCUGAAGCUACAGACCCAUGCCCAUGAAAAAGGUCACCAGGUUAUACUCAUAUAAAGGGGGAAACCCCUAAUAAUUAACAGUUAGAAGAACAGAAUCCCAGACAUCCACUCCCAACAGAGGUAGCAGGUACUAUCAACGGGUAGAUGGAGACACAAGGGAAUUAUCUGCAUAUCACUCCGAAGCAAUUAAACCACUCAUCCAGCAGUAAUUGUAAAUAAAGAGCUGAGUAUACAAAGAGCAGAAUUACUCCAAUACCAAUAUUGCUAGAAAAUCAAUAAUGGGUACCCUUUAUACUAGGCAUGUGCAUGGGGAAAAUUUUCAGUUCGGGACUUUCGAAAUUCGGCACUUCGGGACUUCUCUUGCAGCUGCUUAGUAGAUAACUCCCUAAUUUCAACGGAAUUAGGGAGUUAUCUACCAAAAGGCUGAAAGACCUAAAUUGGUCUUUCAGACAAAUUUAAUAAUACUAAGUAAAGAUUACUUAGUAUUAGUAAAUUAUGCCCCUACUCGCUAUACCGCGAGUAGCGGCAUGUCUAUUAAACAGUGAGCACUGUUUAAAAAAUGGGUCCCCGCUCCCUAUUGCCCCCACCCCUGAGCGGUGAGUGGGGGCUCUAAAGUAAAAUUAUAGGGGGGACGGGGACCUAUUGUCCUCCCCCACCCCUGAGCAGUGGGUGGGGGCCUCAAAUACUUAUAAAGGGUGGGGCCUAAAGUACUCCCCCCUGUCCCCCACCCCUGAGCGGUGGACUAACAUAAUAUUUCAAAGACAAGCUUUCGAGAGUUUUCCUCUCUUCCUCAUGUCUGAAGCAAUACUGAUCAAUCUGAUACGACCGAGCCAGUUAGGACAGCCCUGAUCUUAGCAUCCCUCAUUUGGGUCAGCACCAUGAGAUUGGGAUCCACUGACAUAAAGUCUGCUCUUUCUUCUACAUGUAACAUCUAGGAUUACAUAGGAAUACCAGAGGUGAGCAGGCCGUAAAAUAUUGAUUGCUGUCUAAAGCUAUCCUUUUCUUGUCUUGCAGUUUCACCAUGUUUCAGAUAAAGAAGAUUUGCUGCAUUGGUGCAGGCUAUGUUGGGGGUCCGACAUGCAGUGUCAUCGCGCAGAUGUGCCCUGAUAUUAAAGUGACCGUGGUUGAUGUUAAUGAAGCUAGGAUUAAUGCAUGGAAUUCAGACACGCUUCCUAUAUAUGAGGUAAUCAUGAGAUGACUCACAUUAGCUGCCAUCUCUAACUACUGUCUGUCUCAUAAUGUAACAAAGUCUUGGAGUACUGGCUUGGUGCAGUGGGAGUUGUAGUCCACCCCUGGAGCCUAGAGGCAUAUCUGAAAUAUUGCAAGCACCUCAUUAAAACGACAAAGGGGCUGUUAUUGGCAUAUAGAGCAGUUACACACAUUCUAUCUGAGUGGAAACGUGAGGGUUGGAUUACAUAAAGGGGGGUGGGAGGAAUAACAUUUUGUGAGGUUCACGUUUUGUGGAGCCUUUUUUCGGGCAGUGAAGGGGGAUUCUUUCUAUAGCAGUUGGCUGUGUGAGGGCAUUUUUGAUUAAUACGUUAUGUCUGUUAAUUAAAACAAAUAAUAAAAUGUUGUCACUUUAUUAUAUAAAAUGCAUUAUCUUUCUAUAUAAUGCAUUAAAAAGGAGGGUGUCACUUUCUGACUGUUGCGUCUCUUUAAUUCCUCUUCCAAGAAUAUUAUUCAAAACCUAAAUCUGCAAGCUGACUACUUGAAUCCCCACAUAUGUAUAACAAUUGUAUAUUGUUCUGGAAAUACCGAGUAUCCUGCAGCAUAUUGUAAUAAAUCUUUAAACCGAGUCACAAUGUACUGUGUCAAACACACUCAAGGGACAUUGGCUAUGACGUUCUCCUGUUAAAGCCUUGCUCCUGAACUGCGCCCUCAGGUAAAACCUGACUCAAAUUACAAGAAUCAGAUUGGGGUUCGGAUGCUGAACUUUAAACUGUUUUGCAACUGUUUUAUAUAUUCUUCUAUGCUGUGCAUGUAUGUAAAAUGCCAAUUAUGGUGCUCUUUUCACUUAACACAGAUUUGCAGUGAACUCAAAGGCCAGCUGUAUUGCUAAUUUUGUAAAAUUCUCCAUCGCCACAAUAUCCUCAUUUUAACUAUUGCAACCUAACAUUUGAAAUCUGUUUUUGCGAAUAGUCUCCUACUUGUAUGUUGAAAGUGCUACCAUUUUACUCCACUUGUAUAUAUUACAUUUAAAUUAAUAAUGUAACUUUAUUAGAAAAUCUGCUUUCGCAAUCCUUGAUGAUUCUUCCUUGGCAUGCAAACAUGAACCACAUAAUGAGCUAUUUUUAAUCAUGUGCACUUUCACUUGGUUUUUGCUGUGGUUUUUCUUUUUUUUUUUUAUCUUUUCUGUAAAAAUUGCAUUAAAAUCCAAGUGAAACGACAUGUUAGAAUGUGUUUCUGGUGUGAUUAGCGUGGCUGGCCAGUAAGCGAUUUGAUUGCAUUUCCUGUGAUGAGGUGGCAGUUGAGUGUCGUUGCAGCUGUACAGACACAGGACGAUUUUAGGUUUUACAGCUAUAGGAAUGCAAAUUGUGAUUUUGUUUUUUGUUUUUCGCGACUUGAAUUUAGAUUUAGACUUGUGUAAAAUACCUUCCUUGCCAACACAACCGUUGAUUUCCACACCAAAUUCCUAACUCCUCAUUAAGGCAAAUGUGUGAAGGGGGACAUGUUUGGAAGGCUGCUAUUUAAUUUUGAAUAUGCAAUUGUCAUCAAUCAAAUGUAAAUUGUGUAAGCAACUUCUAGCCAAACAUAAAAAGAACAGAAUGUGUGCAUAACCUCACAUAUCAUAAAUAAGGCAGAGGACAAAACAAUCAUUUACAAUCAGAACGACUUCCGCCUGACACAUGUUAAAAAAUAAAUAAAAUAUAAUAAAAAAAGUUGUGUCAAAGUCCUUUUGUAAUGAUUCUGUCCCUUUGAUAAUUGACUCGAACAUAUAGCUUUGUUUACGUGUGUUAGUUAUAUGCAGUUCAUUUUAUUGUGAAAUAAUUUUUUUUAAAGGGCAAAUUUUAUUUAAAAACAAAAAAAGACUAUUAAAACAUUUUAUUGGUACCCAGAGUGUCCCUUGAAGACUUCUAUGCUAUAUCUGUAUAUCUCAUACAAUGUAUGCUUACUUUUGUUUCAUCUUUGUACAUAGCCAGGGUUAAAGGAAGUAGUAGAAUCCUGUCGGGGGAAGAAUCUGUUCUACUCUACUGAUAUUGACGGAGCAAUCCAAGAUGCUGAUUUGGUGUUUAUUUCUGUAAGUAUGUUAGUUACCAGCUAUAUAAUGUUAUUAUUUCUACCCUCUCUAAUCCCCAAUAUUUAUAGCAGUGUUUAUUCUAUUAUUUAAUUACAUUAUAUGUAGGUUAACACACCCACAAAGACCUAUGGAAUGGGGAAAGGACGAGCUGCAGACUUGAAGUACAUUGAAGCAUGCGCAAGGCGGAUUGUCCAAAAUUCAAACGGUUACAAAAUUGUGACGGAGAAGAGCACCGUGCCGGUGCGGGCAGCUGAAAGUAUUCGCCGCAUAUUUGAUGCAAACACCAAACCUAAUCUCAACCUCCAGGUAACAAUCAAACAUAAUUUAUAUCAAUAUCACCAGAUAUAUAUUACAGACAUAGAAGUAUCAGUUUGAUGAAUGAAUGAAGACUUAAUAUGUUUAUUAUUAAAUGUUUGAAGGACAACUGGUAUAAAAUUCUAGAGUAUUUAUCGAACAUUGUUUCCACCUUACUGUAAAUGUUUUUGUUUUUUCAAAACUCUGCAUAAUUUUAGGUUAUUCUUUUAAUGUAAGACUUGUGCUUUAACAAAAAAUGAUUUUAAAGCUGUACAGUUGUGAGUUACAGAUACAUUUUCUUUGCGUUUUUUUUUUUUCAUAAACUUACAAAAAAAACUUGAGGAUUCUUUAAUAAAACAAAAAAAUAAAACAACCAGGGGGGAGGGGAGGGUGGCGGAGCCUGACUGCCAGGCUGGACAUGGAGAGAGCUCCGUGACAACUAUUGCAAACUCUUGAAAUUUAUCGACUUAAAGCAGCUGUAUACCUGCUCACACUGACAGUGCAGGGGACGCCCAGCACUAAGCACAGCCGACAUUCGCAGGCUUUUACUGCUGAAACAAGCAGUCUAUUACCGAGAAGCCUCUGCGGCCUACCAGAGAAUCAAGGAUUGGGAACCCUGGCUGAACUCUCCCCACUGAUCUACUCUACGUAUAUGCUAAGCUUGCUUUUACCUAAUAAUUUUAAUUACAUUAGUCUAGACAGUCCAACCUUGUGUAAGACUAUGACCUGUAACCAAUCUAAACGCAUAUCCAUCUCCUGUUACUUAGCUUGUUGUGAUAUAUAUUAAAACAAAAAUGAGAUGUCUUUCAUGUUUGGAGUGACACAUGUCUAACCUUGUAUGUAUCUUGUUGCCAAGCUGUCUUACUGUGACUUACUAUUUUUCUCUUAUUUAUCAUCUCAAAAGAAAGACUGACAAAAAAAAACACGUUCUAAAUCCCCAUACUUUUCAUUACUGUUAAGUUAUACUUUUUUUUUUCCCAAUAGGUGCUGUCUAACCCAGAAUUCUUAGCAGAGGGAACUGCUAUCCGGGAUCUGAAAAAUCCUGACCGGGUGUUAAUAGGAGGAGAUGAGACUCCUGAGGGUCAAAAAGCAGUCAGGGCUCUCUGUGCUGUGUAUGAAACAUGGGUCCCCUCAGAAAAGAUCAUAACAACCAACACGUGGUCAUCGGAGCUGUCUAAACUGGUCAGUACCUCACCUCAAAUCAAUGUUACAAGUCAUAACUUAGACACCGAUUGUGCAGGAAUCUGAUUAUUUUUGUAUUAAAGGCUGCAUGUGUCUGGAGCUGUAACUCAAAUAUAUAUUUAUUAUAAUUUUUUUUUUUAUUAUUUAUGGUCUCAGGUGCCCAACCUACAUCUACAGCUGGAUUUUGCAGCUAAAUAAAACCAUCCCCACAUUUUAAUCUUAAUAUUGAAGCAUGUAAAAUCUUUUUUCACAAGUGGGCUGAGCCACAGAGAGACUUGCUGGGGGGGGAUAUAAGGGGUCACGGAGAAUCCAUUCAAUGGGUCAUGGGGUUCUGUGAAAAAUGACCUUGGAGAAGGAAUUGGCUAUUGCUAUGUUCGUGGUUUCACAUUUGUGGCACAGAUCAGAUACAGAUUAGUAUAUACAUUGCCUAAGCCACUUUAUUUUUAUGAGAUGCACAGGCAGGGCAAGGGAGAUAUCUGUGCCUCCUCACACACAAGCUGUGCGUGCAGCACCCAGCAAUUCAGGGCAGCAGCAGAUAUCAAUACACAUACCUGUAGCUUCAGCUCCAAUAGCCCCUAUAUCAAUCUGGUCCUCAAUCUAAACAAGCAUCAUGCAAUUAAUUUAUUUGUACAAGCCAAUAAAAAAAAAAAAAGAAAAGAACUUUCCUCAUGACUCAGCUUGUCUCCUGUUUCCAAUAGCAGAAGGCAUACAACUGUAAGCGUCCUCACGGCCUGUACCGUGUUGGCGCAGUGAGCAGCAGGGGUUUGUGGGAAACGUAUAGAACUCUGUGUACAGAGUUAGACUUACUAACAAAAAUUUAAAAACAAACAAAACUACCAACUCAAGUAAAUUGAAACCGCCACCAACUUGCAUAGACUAGCAAGAACUGCUUUCAGUCAUAAUUUUUUCAAUACAAACGAUGUGUACUGUUGCAUUGCGUUCCAAUAGAAAGUUAUGUCAGGACUAGGUUAGGCUGAGAUAUCUGCUCCUGGAGGAGGAACAGAGUCAAUGCUGUUGAGAAUUAAAUCUCCAAAUUGUAACUAAAAUGGAAUAUGUCAAAUACAGACAGGAAAUCUUUUAACUUCAUUAAGUUGGGAUGGGAUAGUAAAAGGUUUUCUACGUUUCUAAAAAUUUUCUGAACUCCCUAAUGAUGAUGUUGCAAUCAAUGUAUAGUGUAUGAUUUAGAAGAUUAAAUUACUUUUUGUUCUAUAAAACCAUGCAGUCUGUUUUGGACAUUCUCAUGUUGAUUAUAAUGUGUCCCAACCCUGAGAGCGGUCCAAUCAGAACUCACCGUUCACUUACAAUGCUCGACUUAAUUACCUAUUUAAAGCUGGGGAUUGUUAACGUUCUCUUGUGCUGUUUCUAGGCAGCCAAUGCCUUCCUUGCCCAGAGGAUAAGCAGUAUUAACUCCAUCAGUGCCCUUUGCGAAGCUACAGGAGCUGAUGUGGAGGAGGUUGCACGAGCUAUCGGAAUGGACCAGAGAAUUGGAAACAAAUUUCUUAAAGCUAGUGUUGGUAAGGCAGCAAUCUUGUGUGCGUGUGUCUGUGUGUCUAAUUGUGUGCUAAUGUUACAAUAUGAUUUUUAUUUUAUUUUUUACUCUAUUUAAUAUUACUAAAACCUUUGAAGAGCAUUCCUUACAUAUAUUAACUUUUAAAAAGCAAGAUCAUUUAGGCAUCUCCCAUGAAGUAUUUGUUGUACCUUUUCAUGUUUUGCCCAAAUUAGUGCUGCGGGAUUUGUUAAAUUAGUUUUCCAUUUACUGAUUUCUGUUUGUUUAAUAAGAUAAGAUUUUAAUUUGGCUUGUAUGUUUUAACUGUCGCGUUAAAAUAAAAUGUAUUUUCUUUCAGGAUUCGGUGGCAGUUGCUUCCAGAAGGAUGUGUUGAACCUGGUCUAUUUGUGUGAAGUUUUAAACCUGCAUGAGGUGGCCAGAUACUGGCAACAGGUAUGGGUCAAUUCUCCUGCUACGCUCGCCCCUGCUGUUUAACCUGCACAUCUAUAGGUUCUCUUAUAGCAAAUGUCAUAAUGUGGACAGUGUAAAACAAAUGCUACCUGACGUUUAAACAUCUGUUGGGAGGGUCACUUUGUGUGCUUAACAAUAAAACACGUUUCGUGUUUGCUGGCAAUGGCUAUAAAUCUGCUUCACUUCCAAGAAAUAUUUAUUUAUAAAACGUGACGUACUAUAAAAAGACAAUGUGAUUUGAAAUAGCAGGAAGGAACAUCCAUACUGAGUUGAUAAACAGUUUUUCUGAAAGGGUAGUAGAUACGUGGAAUGUGCACCAGUGGGAGUGGUAAAGGAAUUCUAAAAUACUUGCAAAAAUGGGUUUAAGGAGAACCUGAUUUAAUGUGAAGUGCUUCAGGUUUCAAAAUGGUCAUAUAAUUUAGAGCAAAUAGUUUUGAUCUGCCGUUCUCGCCCUUGUUCCUCCUUUGAGUUUUAUAUUUAUUUUAUGUAACUUUUUGUUUGUUUUAGGUUAUUGAUAUGAAUGAUUAUCAAAGAAGAAGAUUUACUUCCCGGAUUAUUGAUUGCCUUUUUAACACUGUAGCAGACAAAAAAAUCGCUGUUCUCGGGUUUGCAUUUAAGAAAGACACUGGGGAUACACGGUAAAUAUCUGUCUCACUUCAAUUCUUUUGUGAAAUAUAAAUUGCAGGCAGUCAAUGAAUCCUUGUUUUUCUUUUCCAACCACUUGCUGAUUGCAUAUGGUGACCACACUGGCUCUUGAAUUAUAAAACACAUCUCUCUUAGUUAUUACUAUUUGCAAAGCAUUUUACACAGUUAUUUUAUAUUGGCUUUUAAAUUAAUUAAAAUCCACAAAUAAUAGAUCCUAAAGGUACAAUCUCAGAGUGAAAAUUACAGGCAUGUCAAAAUUUAGGCCGAACUGGAGAAAUUCUACAAGCCAUUUCUGUUUUUAGCGUUUCUAUUUUAACUUAACUUUUAAAUUCCCAGUAAUACAUUCUCAACUUACGUGAAUAACCAUGAAUUUGCUUUUGAAACUUUACCAAUGCUUUAUUCAGAAUGAAUGACUUGAGUUACUAGAAUGACAAGAGAUUUGCAGAUUUCGGGCCAAAAUUUUAAAUUUUGGUGUUCAAAUUGGCUGUUGAACUAAAAAUACAAUUCCCAGUUUAAUAAUAAAUCCAUUUGGGUUGUAUAGUUGUUCACCAUUCAUUUUAUUUUCCUCAGAGAGUCCUCCAGUAUCUACAUUAGCAAAUAUCUGAUGGAUGAAGGCGCAAAACUUCACAUCUACGACCCCAAGGUUCCAAAGCAGCAGAUUAUUAUGGACCUGUCCCAGCCUGGGGUGUCUGCCGACACACGAGGUAGGUUAUAGCAAGCAAGUUAUUAUUCAGGAGCUGUACCCACAUUAAAAAAUAUCACUUCAUUCUGUCAUUUAUUGCAUGGUUUUAGUAACUUUGAAAUUCUAACUAGUGAUAUCAUCUUUCAUUAUGAAUUUUUCAUUUUUAUCCUAGCUUUUUUUUUUUUUAAUUAAAAGAAAAAAUGUUUGUACAUCUAAAAACUCCUAUACAACCAAUUCUUUACUUGAUUAGGAAUUUCUUCGCUUAAAUCCUGGUUAAUAUCUGGAGCAGCCAGGUUCAAAGUAAAACAUCUCAUUACUAGUGGAGGAGCUGUUUAAACCUUGUACUCAGUGUAAAAUGCAAUGAAUGUCACAAUGAACGGAUAGCCAAACUGGUUAAAUGUUGGCUAAAAUAGCCCAGCCUGGAAUAAUGCAGAGUUACAGAAGGCUUGCAACUCUACUGGUUAGGCAUACAUUUUGCAUCUGUUUUUCAGUUCACCAUUGUGUAACAUAAUUUACUACACGAAAAGGUUAGGGAUUCUAAAAAGAGUUGCAAUGUUACAUUGUCAAAACUGGAAUAAAUCCUCCGUUUAAUCGAAGCAGAAAGUAUUUGCAAACAUUUGGAAUAUUAAGUGAUUGAGUGUUCAAUCUUAGACAAGCAGGGAGUUAUGGGGGUCGUAGUUCAGCAACAGGUGAAAGGUUAUUGUUGAACAAAGGCAUCACUCAGUCCUGUCUUCAUCCAUAAGUUAAAGUGUAAAAUGUCAGUCUUGUAUCAAAGUAUGUCACUUAAUGUAUUUCCCCUUUAUUUUUAGUGUCAGAACUGGUUCACAUUACUAGUGACCUAUAUGAGGCUUGCGAAGGGGCUCAUGCGAUCGUUAUCUGCACAGAGUGGGACAUGUUUAAGGUAAACCAAAUGGCUUCUGCCUCUGUUAAUAAAUGUGGAGUUACUCUGAUUGUCACAAUGUUUUGUGUAUCUGGUAAAGGGACACUCCAAGCUCCCUAUCCAUUAGCAUUUGCUGCAGUAGUUUUGGAGCCAGCAGUGCUUUGAUCUCUCCCAGUGCAGGGUUAGCUGAUCAGCUGAGAGCUUAGAGCAUUCUGACUCUCUGACUUUUAUAGUGGAGGUGGGAAAUAGUGCCUGGCAGAACCCCAGGUAAGAAGUAAAUCUGUUCUAAUAUAUAUAGACUCCUUAUAUGGGGGGAUCUAAUGCUUACGGUGUUUGGAGUGUUCCUUUCAAAUUUCAAGCAUUCCACCCAAAUGUUUUUAGUAUUGCAUGUAAAAUGUAGUAUUUUAGAAACUUUUCAGAACACCUGCUGGUCUUUAAACAUACAAUGCAGAGUCAAUGUUACUUGCUAAAUAGUUUAUCUGCUUUAAAACCCCAAUUUUUAAUUUAUUUAUUUUUUCAUGUAGGAAUUGGAUUUCCAACGUAUUCACAAAAUGAUGCUGAAACCAGCGUUUAUUUUUGACGGAAGGCGUGUUCUUGAUGAUCUUCAUGGAGAACUACAAAACAUCGGCUUUCAGGUACGUUUGUGGGUUGUUGUUGUUUUUUUUUUGUUUUGUUUUGUUUUUUUUGUAGGUUUGAAUAUUUGAACAGGAAAACACUUUCACUUUUAGAAAUCAACUUUUUUUUUUAUUUUUAAAUUCUUUAUUUUUCUUGUGCAAGGAUUAACAACAAGCGUGCAGGGCCACAACAGCCUCCACAGGCAUUUUCAUAACUUUACAAAGUGUGGCAGUGUAGACGGCACAUUUUUUGUAUAACACGAAGAUAACAGGCUAUUAGACAUCAGUAUUUUAUAAAAUAACAUGUUAGGCUAGAUAACCAUGUGACAAAGCUAGUUGCUCUUAAGAUUGUGAGUGUGUAACGGUGCAUUGGUAAUAAUGGGAGCAUUUUGCUUAAGGCACUGGCUGCACGUUUUUAAAUGUAAAAAUAAAUCAACAUUUUCACUUCUAGUUUUAAACAAGCUUGGGUUGCCAGGUAGGGCUAGUAGGUAAAAUAGUGUGUGAGCAGUUAAGGUAAACACAUAUGAGAGACAACGGCAAAAACUCUGCAAGGGAUGGAUUACUGAUAGAAUAAAGACGUUUACUUUACGUUUAGCUAGUAUGCAGAGAGCAGUUCUUGUGUUAAGGGACAUGGUGUGGAAGUCCAGCUAUAACAAGAUAUGCCUGGCAGGCUCCAGUCUCCAGCCUGUGAUCAUCCGAUCCCUUCUGGGCGCCAAGCGCAGUUCCUGAGAGCCCUUGUUGCCUGGAGCGACAAAGGCAUAUAUGUGGCUAAGUGCCAGGCAUCCGGCCUGUAGUGGUGGAGGUUUGCUUUGUCAGGUAGGACUUUUUGCGGGUGAGAUGGGUGGUGAGGGGGCAGCCCUGGAGAUUGUCUCCAUUGAGGCUUUGGGCAACUCACCAGUGGUCUAAGAGUUGGGCGCUGGGGCUUUCGGCAUUUCUUCUGCCUCUCCCUCCCUGCUAUCUCGAUCUUUCUCGGGUUCCGCACCGGGGCUGCAGGCCGCUGUGUUAUGUCCUUUGUGGCUGAUGCCGGUGGGACUUGUGCCUGGGCGUCUCUGCGGCUGAUGAUUUUGGCCCAAAAAUUGCUGAAUAGGCGGUCUAGCCGCUCCGACAGUGGAGGCAAGCUGGGCUUGGAUGCUGGGAGCCACGUGGUCUCUGCCAUGCUGUGUAUCGGCGGUCCGGCGGUGCAAGAUGGCUGAGCUCUGUUUCGCCGUUCUGAUCCCCAUGUUCUAGAUGCCGGGAUAUCCCUCACCGGCAGGGGGGGGGAGAGAGUGUUCCGGGAAGACCUCCUUUAUUAUAGGCUGCAGUCGGCUGAGGGAUCGGCCGUCUCCCCCAUGCUUCCUGAGUAGGCCGCAGGUAGGCCUCAGGUGCAUCCCCUGGAAUCGGUCGCAUUUUGUGGUCCCGGGCUUGAUUAUGUUUUGUCUCGAUAUUAGACCCCAGUGGCUGGGGUGUAGAAAGCAUUGAAUUUGCAGGUUUUGCAGCGAAUUUGCUUGGUUUUCAGGCUGUUUAGACAGGAGCUCUGCUAAGGUGCGACCACUCAGCUUGGCUGUCAAGCUCCGCCCCCCUAGAAAUCUACUUUUAAAGCCUAAUCGUUGGGUUUUAGCCUAUAUGAUGCUCAAUAUUAAUAUUAUUUUUAUAUAAAAUCUUGGUGACCAUGAGCAGGACUUUAGGGCUUCAUCCUGUGAUCGAUUACUGAGUGAGAUGCAUUGACUGGUGUAAAUGCCACAGUUUAGCUUGAUAGUAUUAAUAAACCUCCCAUGGCAGGAUUGGAAUUUGCACCCUACAGCUGUUCAUCUCUCAUUAAUGAGGUUCUUCAUACAAACACAGUUAUACAUUUGCCAGAGGGACACACAUAUUCAUUAAUGUGUGAAAUGUCAGGAUUAUAAAGUGCAUUUCAAAUGGGAUGGGGGCUUUGGGGGGUCUGUUUGAAUAUUUCAUCUAAAUGUCAAAAUUCACUUUGCAUUUUUGAAUAUUUACACUUUUAGUGAUUAAGCAGAUGGCGUUUCCCUGAAAAACGUGCAGACCAACAGCUGGGUUUUGUUUUGAGACCCUACAGCUGAGGUUAUAUCUAGUAGUAAAUUAAUUUGUAUUUUAGUGCAUUUAAAAAAGAAUAUUUGGUUUGCCCAGUCAGUACUGUCUACUGACUCAUUAUAGUUUUUCCAAAGUAUUUUAGUGCCUAUAAAAAAAAAAAAAAAGUAUGCAUGUAGCAAAAAAAUCCAUAAGCUAGGGAUCGACCGAUUAUCGGUUUUGCCAAUUAUUUAUUUAUUUAAAUAUCGGUAUUGGCCGAUAAUGACCAGUAAUACUGAUAAUGAAUGGGUGGGCCGGCGCGUCCAUAAGGUGGCACAAGCAGGAUGCACCAGCCCAGGGGGCGCUGGAUCGGAGUGACCGGCAAGAGGUGGGCACACAGCACUCCCUCCUGCCAGGCUCUCAGUGUAGUGUGGCCGAGCGGAGCAGUGCACACCGCGGUAUACAGGAACUUAUGUUUCCUGUACCCAGCCGGAAUCUCCUGUACCGCGGUGCGCACUGCUCCGCUCGGCCAUGCUACCAGGAGACCUACCGGGGAGCAGGACCAAGGAGGGGAGAGGGGGCACUAAGGGACAGUGGGGGGACUAUGGGACGGGGGUAGGUAUGGUAAGGAACACCAUGGGGGAGAGGGAGUGGUAAGCAACACAAUGGGGGAGGUGGGGUGGAAAGGAACACUAUGUAAGGAGGGGUGGUAAGGAACACUAUGGGACAGAGAAGGGGGGUGAAGUACAUUAAUGGAGAACUCUAUAAGGUACAGGGGAGGGGAGGGAAAAGGAGCACUGGGGUAGGGGGUGGGACCACUAAAAGAGAAGGGAGAGAAACAUUAAGAGGAAUGGGGGAGGGCACUAAGACACACAAACACACUGCAUCCACUACACUGAAUCCAAUACCCACUACACAUACACACACACACACACAUAUAUAAAUAUUCUUAAAAACGUCAAAAAAAAUCUGACUGGCAUGUAUAUUUUGUGCAUUUACCACUUAAUAAAAAAAUACGGUAAAUGUACAGAAUAUCGGUAAGCUAUGGGCCUGAAAGUUCACAGAUGAUCAGUAAUUGGUCUAAAAAAAUCAAUAUCGGUCAAUCCCUACCGUAAACCCCAUUUAAAUGAAACAUGUCAAUAUUUGCCAUUUGCAAAAAUGUAAAAAAGAACCGCACUCAAAUCACAUGAAGUAAAGGGACCAUGGGCCACCAGCACCAGCCCUGAGGAAUGGAUACCAGUAGUAGAAAGAGGAUCCAUGCACACCAAUAUCUUCAAAUACGUUUAUUGGAACAAGUGAGACACCGCAAUGUUUCGACCCCUGAUACAGUCUUUGUCAAGCUUGACAAAGACGCUACCAGGGAUAGAAACAUUGCGGUGUCUCACUUGUUCCAAUAAACGUAUUUGAAGAUAUUGGAGUGCCUGGAUCCUCUUUCUACUACUAAUAUAUGCCCUUUUGUCCUAAUUAUCUGAGUAGAAUUUACAAUGUAGUAAAAUAAUGAAUGAAGGUGAUCUUUCUACAAAGUUAAUUCUAGCGGCUACCACACUCCCAUAGUAACAUGCAGUAAUGCACAUACAGUCACUAUGACUACAUCACCCCAUUAAUAUUUCAUAUACAUUAUUACACAAAAGCUACCAUUUUCUAUAUUUCAGAGCUUGUACCAUGGCUCACCCUAGGGAACACAAAGCUUAUUAAUAGUUGUGCACGAUUGGAUUUCUAAAUGGGCACAGCUUUAACUGGAAACACAAGGAGUUUGUCCUGCUGACCAGUCAUUCAGCGGGUGUGACGGCAAACAUCUGGUAUUAUGACCAUCCAUAGCCUCGAGGGUGUGACUGCAGACAUGACGUAAUGAUGUAGAGAGGAGUAAGGCGGAAAGUCUGCUUCACAUCAGAAUGACUAAUGCUCUAUGUCUGACAUGAGAACUGUUACAUUACCUCCCAAAACUGGGCCUGGUCAUUUCCAUCCAAAGCGUCUGCAAUCCUCUGUUAUUUUUAUAUCUGAUGUGAGCAAUAAGCUUGACCUUCUAUGAGCAGUUUAGCUCGGCAGUGAAAUAAUUAAGGAACUGUAGAAAACCAUAAGUCUUUUACUGGCUGUGUUAAUUGCAUUUUAUUCCCAUGCAAACUACAGGGGGUUAUUAGAGACAUUCCUCGUUCCUUUCUUAACUAUUUCAGCAUGGAAUCCUCACACAAAUUGUUUACAUUGAUACUAAUGACAGUGAGUGAUCACAUCUGAAGUCAUUUCCCUGUUUGCCUAUGCCACACUGUUGUGUGUCUCUCGUUUAAUUUGUUGUACAGUGCUACUGCAGUUGCUGGUGCUUAACAAAUAAAGAUUAGCUGGAUGCUGGGACUAUUUAUGGUUCUUUCAAGCUUAGGGCACCUCCUUGGCAAUUUAAAACUUGAUUGACUUAAAGAACAACUGUAAUUUUCACUUCUAAUUUUGGCAAAAGUUUUAUUAACAUUUAAUGAAUUAAUGAAACUUAAUGCCUUUUUUUUUUGUUAUUUAAAUUAUUUAUACUGAUUUUCUCUUCUCCUAUUAAAAAUUUAAAAAUUAUUAUAUUUAUAUUUUAAUUAAAUGUAAUGUUUUUUUUAAGUGAUUUUAUAUUGUAUUUAUUUUUUAAUCUGGCUGAGUAGCCAUGUUGGGUCAGACUUUACUGUUAUCUGACCAACUGCUGCCCAACCUAACUUGUUUCACACAGUGUCACAUACAGCAGCAGGCAAGUUAGAUUGAACAACAGUUAGUCCGAUUUACAAUAGAGUUUGACUCAACAUUGCUUCUUGGCCCAAAAAAAAACUAAAUUCUAAAUCACUAAAAAAUCAUUUAGUUUAACUAAAAUAAUAAAAAUAAAAAAAGAGAAACUUUGAUGACAGCUGUCUUUUAAUGGCAAGAUCACUGCAGUGUAUUAUUGGAAGUUUCACAUGGGUUUGAAGUUAAAGUGAGAAACAAACAUUACACACCUUGCGUUAGGAAAAGUCUGUAUUUUCUUUAUGUGGUUAAAGUAACGGUAUUAUUUUUUGUUUUAUUUUACAGGUUGAAACAAUUGGAAAGAAAGUGGCUUCUAAAAGAAUCCCAUACACGCCCACAGCUGACAUUCCCAAGAUAACGCUUCAGGAUUUCCCUCAUAAGAAGCCCCGGGUAUAGGUUUUUAAUAAUGCUGUGAUCAUAGGUUUUAUCCCAAUCUCUCUGCACACCUGGUCAGCUGAUCUAUCUUCAUAUUCCAACCAGUAUGACUCGGGAAUAGAAAAUGCCACCAAUGUUGAAAAACACUAAUCUGUAAAGACUAAUUUACUGGUAAUUUAUCCACUCAGCUCACUACACAUCCCUGAUCUGAUAUAUUUUUUUUUUUCAUAUCAAAAUAAAAUGAAGAUUGAAAUUGGUGUCACCGAAUAACCCAAAUCCUCUUAAAAAAAAAAAAAAAAAAGAGGGAAAAAAAAAAUCAAAACGAUAAACUGAGCAAUAAUAAUUUAACCAUGCUGAGUGAGUCCUGAAAUCGAUCUACCUUAUUUGUUACAUUGAAGGAACUGGCAUGUAUUUUCAAGACGAUAAUCAAUUUCCUGGUUUUUGUACUGGGGGAUUAUUUUUUAGGAAUAUUUACAAUCAGAUCUAUUUUUUUUUCCAAGCUUCUUUUUUUAUAUUUUUAUAAUCUUGUUUAAUUGUUUACUUCCUAUAGCUACAGUAAAAGGCUGGCCAAGGAAAACGGUAUUUGGGGUUUUUAUGAUAAUUGUAUGUGCAAUGCAAACAAUGUGUUGGUUGACAGAAUUCUGAUUUUUAAAGAGGCACUGACUCCUCUGACGGUUUUAUGAGAAUUCAUUGAACACCCAACAUAAUCAGAAGAUGUAUAUCAGACAGAACUGGGACUACUUUGCAUUAUGUAGGACAUUGUUCUUUGGUAAAAUGUAGCCAUGGGCAGAGCGUCUGUCACCACAUUCUGCCAUAUCGAGUCCUGCAGCAGUUAUUGGGAACAGGCAUCUUCUCGAUGUUUAAUAAUUACCUUUGGCAUUUCAUUGGGGGGUGCCUGUGGCCGCCCUGCGCUUGUUGGGAGGGGAGUGGGGUGCCUAUGGCCACCCUGCACUUGUUGGGGUCACGCCUGCUUUAAACUCACUCUUGGAAUUUUUUUGACAUCUUCAAUAGUUGCACUGCACCAUUUUCAAUCCAGUGUACUUUAUAUGCGGUGGAGUACAGCUCUCUAGUGGAGCAUCUUUUAUAGAGCUCACAGCAACUUGUCAAAUAGCUAAAUAAACUGCGCUGUCUGUAUCUGCAGAGUUCACAAUCCAUUUAAUUGGUCUAUCUGGGUAAAUAAAAGCGAAGUUCAAAUGUGUGUUCCUGACCCUACAGUGUUAAAACCACUAUUUAGCCCCCUUUGCCCCCAUAAAUGUAGUAAAAUCUUACUUUUAUUCCAGUCUGCUGCUGCUGAUAGCUCUGCCCCUAAUCUAUCUCUUUGCUGACAGCAUCAGAAGUGUUCAUCAAAGCUAAUCGCAAUGCUUUUCCAUAGGAAAGCAUUGGAUUGUCUGAGCUUGUCAAAGAGGCAGAUCAAACACAGCCCUGGCCAAUCACAAUCUCUUCAUAGAGACGCAUCUCUAUAAGGAAAGUUCAGUGUCUCCAUGCAGAGGGUGGAGACACUGAAUGACAGUGCCCCAGGAGUGGCCAGUCGAGUUAUCCCCAGGCUGUAAUGUAAACACAACAUUUUCUCUGAAAAGACCAUGUUUACUGCAAAAAGCCUGAAGGUAAUGAUUCUACUCACCAGAACUAAUUCAAUAAGCUGUAGUUGUUCUGGUGACUGUAGUGUACCUUUAAUAGGAAGACCUCACCAAUGAAAAAUGUUAAUUGCUGCAGUGUACAGCAAUACACUACAUAUAUUUAAUUUAUCUGAGAGCGUAUUAACAAGGAACAAAAUACAGAACCCAGCUCAAUACUAAUACAGCUCUGUGUAAUUUAGUCAAAACUAGGCAUUCUGUCCCAUAUACUGGGCAAGAAUUGGUCUCUUGCCCUCUGCUGCUAGUCUUCAUUAGGAUCACAGAGGGGGUUAAGUGAAAGGAUAACGGAGGAGUCAAUGCAUGGCCUUUAUUACUUUUUAUAUGUCCAACCCACAAAUAAGCAAGAUUUGCAUUAUGAUCAUUGUUUUGGAAAUAAAAUUGUCCACUUUGCUCCAUGUUUGUGCAGUGCCUUAUGGUUACACACACAUUAGAUACUGAAUGUUGGCGUAAAGUUUGCGAGGCAAAAUUGGUAACUCAGUGGGCUUACUCUAGUUUGAUAAUUCCUGCUACGGGAAGUCAAUGUAACUGUAUUAUGAUAUAACUAUUGUAUUCUAAAUGUAUUUUAGCAAAUAUUUUCUUAAGUCAUAUACCAAGUAAACAAUUUUUUCAAUACUU